AUGAUCAAUUCAAACAAUUGGCUUCAGCAAUAUGGCAAUAUCGAAGACUAUCAAUGGCGUCGAAGUCAAAGCAACGGCGCAGAAGUUUACUCUCGACCUGUGGGACUGGUAGAGAGCAGCUUCGAUGCAGAUGGACGAUACUACGAAGGUCGAGCCGAUAUGAACUGCGAACUCGAAACUGCGGUCAAGAAUCUGCUCGACAGGGACGAGUUCAGAGAGCGCAUUUUACUUUCAUGGACCCUUCUGCGUCAACGCCACCUGCUUCUUCAAAGCAAGACUUUCCUGGAUCGUAAAUCUGGCAUACAUGGCUCGCCCUCUGGGAUGCAUUUCGCUGUGCCUGUGCACGCGUCACCGAGCAGAGCUAUUGAGGAUGCUGGCAAGCAUCUUGUGUUCGUGGGAGACUAUUAUGAGACUGUCGACCAUCGUGACUUCUACCUGCACUGCUUGAAUGGCUCCCGUGUGUUGGAUCCUUCGCAAGCACUGGCCAAGUGUUUCGUGCUUCCGUGCAGCCAUGAAGAUGGGCGGCAGGUCUUGCGUUUCCUUUUCAUCUUCGGUCAUGAAAUAUCUGACGGACUGAGCGCUUAUAACUGGAUGAAUGAUCUGAUCAGAAUCCUGAACGAACCUCUUGAUCAAAUCAAGGCUGAGACGAACGGACUCAUCCAUCCCGACGCUUUGAGGAAGCACCUACCGCCGCCUCAAGAGGCGCUGUACCCGCCCAUUCCAGGAAGCAAAGCGAGGCAAAGAUGGUUUUGGGCCAUUACUCGCCUAUUGAGGCACGUUCGAAAGCCGCUUCCAGUUGGCUUCGAUAAUCCCUUGCGACGACGACAGCCGCGAGAGCCCGUCUCAUUCUCGCCAAUUUACGACAAAGUCCUCGAUUAUACCAGGACUCCACCACUCAACACCAUCCCCGUCUACAUCCACCCAGCCUUGGCCAAUGUUCAGCGCUUGCACCGUAUCUGCCGAGAAGCGAGGUCCAGCAUCGGCGCUGGUGUAUACGCUCUAGCAGCGCUCUGUAUGAUGGAGUUCUAUGAGGAGCGUGAACCGCAUAUUGCGCUUAAAGAUCGCAAAUGUUUCAUCACAGGAUUCCCAUUAGACCCUCGAGCAUUCUUCAACAAGCGUCCGGAAGCUGAUUCAAUGAUGUUGGCUUUCAGUGAUGGGAUCGCUUUACCAUUCCUGUCUUCGAACCUGCCAGUGGACGGUCGUCUCAGACUGCUUGCAAGACAGGCGCAACGCCAAUUGUCUGCAUAUCAAAAGCGAGCAAAGCCGAAAGGUGCGGACGCGACCCGACAAUUCCUGAAUUCCCGCGGUGCAGGGCUUGUUCUUGCCAAUCAAUACCUUUACAGCCAUGAAAGAGCCGAUAGCAUCUUACCCGAGAACAUGCGAAAAGGCAUAAAUGUGCAGGGCGCUUAUCCGCCUCGAGGCAAUCCAACAGGUAUGUCCAGCUUUAGCAAUUCUCAGUGUACAAAUAUGAAUGGGAAGCUCGCUGACAACAUGUAG